AUGCCGAAAAAAUCCCAAUAGGAAGAAACGAGAGAUGAGAUCAAAGCCUUCACUACAAAAGAGGAUCUCAUUCAGUCAUUUAUAGAACAGACAUUCAGAGUACUAGAUAUGGAUAGAGCAGGAACAUUCACAAGAGACGACUUAAUUCAUUUUCUUGGAUUUUUCGUUGCUGAGUGCAACUUAAUGAAAAUAAAUGAAGCCUCUCUAGAUCAAAUUCUAAUUAAAAAAGUGGGAGUAAAAGAUCUUUUCAAGAUAAAUUCAAAACAACUUGAUUAAACAAUUAGGAUAAUACUUGAGGAAUAGCUAAAUUAAUUUAAUCGUGUAUUGUGA